AACAAAAGCCUUAGCCCUCGGUCCGCCGCAAGUUUUGAGGCCACACAUUCGUGCAGCACAAGUACCUGAUCAAUUCGUCCAUUGCUUUAAGGCCGUUAGAUCUUUUGCAAAAGAAUUUAAUGCCAGCAUAGAAAAUAUAUAAAAUAAAUUUUAAGAAAAAAAAAAGAGAGAAAGCUCUCACCAUUCAUUCCAUUGCUCAGGUAAGAAAUAAAAAACCCUCUGUUGGCUUAAAGGUACCAAAUUUCUGGUUUCUAUGUAGCUUUAGUUGGUUUUCUCUCUUCCCAAUUUGUUGUUGUUGAUGUACAAGAGACAUGGCUAGUUUUAGUGUUGUUUGCAAUAGUGGGUUUUUUGUUAGUAAUGAAAACUUGGUAACUGAUAGGGCAAAACCCAAGUCUAUUAGGAGAUAUACUAGCUUUUCAUAUGCUUCAUUCUACUUUCCUUCACUUGGAAUAUGUAGCUAUAACCAUUGCAAAACCCAGAAUUUGUUUGCUUCUGGUGAUAAUAGCUUUAGGUUGGUUAGUAAUGGAAGAAGAAAUGAGGUUCCUUUAUUUGGUUUUCAAGCUUGUUGCAAGACACAUAAUGGGUUAUUGGUGAGGGCAAAUAGUGGUGAUAACAAAACCCAAGUAGGAAAAAGAGAAAGUAGUGAUGUGAGAAAGAGAUUUUCGUUAAGAUUGUGUCCCAGGCUGCGGUUAUUAACAAUAAGAAUGAAGAGGAUUUCAGUUAGAUCGAUGUUAUAUGAUAUUGCUGUGUUUCUACGAAAGAAUAUAAGAAGAGUUACUCUUUACAGUACAAUAUCUCUAGCAUUGGGAAUGUGCUAUUUGUUCUUGAAAUUCACUGCAUUGCCAUCUCCUAAGAUUGUUCCAUAUUCAGAGUUCAUAACAAGCCUUCACAGUAGUUCUGUGACAAAGGUUUUGCUUGAAGAGGGUUCUCGUCGUAUAUAUUUCAAUAUGGAUUCUAAAAGUGCUGAAAAUACUCAAUUGGAAGAAGAAUCAUUGGCAGGGACCGAUUCAACUGAAAUCCAAGCUGGUACGGCUGUAAGAGAGGAUGGUGUGGAUGGUAGACAAUUGCAAAAACAAGGUCUAUUCAAGAAAUUUUCGAGACCUCAAACUUCUACUUCUGAGUGGCAGUAUUUGACAAGAAAAAUUGAUCAUGAUGAAAAGUUUCUUCUUAGUUUGAUGAGAGAAAAGGGAACAACUUAUAGCUCAGCUCCUCAAUCAGUUCUAAUGUCAAUGAGGAGUACUUUAAUAAUGAUAAUAUCCUUGUGGGUUCCUUUAAUGCCUUUGAUGUGGCUGCUGUAUCGUCAACUCUCUGCUGCUAAUAGCCCUGCAAGGAAGCAGCGUCCAAAUAACCAGGUUGUUGGGUUUGACGAUGUGGAGGGAGUUGAUACUGCUAAGGCAGAGCUUAUGGAGAUAGUUUCAUGCCUUCAGGGAUCUGUAAACUACCAAAAACUGGGAGCAAAAUUACCUAGAGGUGUGUUGCUAGUGGGUCCCCCAGGAACAGGGAAGACAUUGCUGGCUCGCGCAGUUGCUGGAGAAGCAGGAGUUCCUUUCUUCAGUGUAUCAGCAAGUGAAUUUGUGGAAUUAUUUGUUGGUAGAGGAGCAGCUCGAAUCAGAGAUCUUUUCAAUGUGGCAAGGAAAUCUGCACCAUCGAUAAUAUUUAUUGAUGAGCUUGACGCAGUUGGAGGGAAGCGUGGUAGAAGUUUCAAUGAUGAACGAGACCAAACAUUGAACCAGUUACUGACUGAAAUGGAUGGAUUUGAGUCGGACAUGAAAGUGGUUGUUAUUGGGGCAACUAAUAGGCCAGAAGCAUUGGAUCCAGCCCUCUGUCGCCCUGGUCGCUUCUCAAGAAAAGUAUUAGUGGGGGAACCAAAUGAGGAAGGACGGAGAAAGAUUUUGGCUUUACAUUUGAGAGGAGUUCCUCUAGAAGAAGACACACAACUUAUUUCUAUGUUAGUUGCUUCACUGACCCCAGGUUUUGUAGGUGCUGAUCUUGCAAACAUUGUCAAUGAAGCCGCAUUACUUGCUGCUCGUAGAGGUGGUGAAACCGUUACAAGGGAAGAUAUAAUGGAAGCUGUUGAGAGAGCUAAAUUUGGGAUUAAUGAUAGGCAGCCUAGUACAAUAGGCAAGGAGCUUGGGAAACUUUUCCCAUGGAUGCCUUCCUUAAUGGGAAGGAGUGAUAUAAGACAGGAUGGUUUGCAAGGGCCUUUGGGCUAUCAAACUUUGAGCUGAUAAGUGCUACUUUCUUAGUGCUUAUACUGUAAUUUGUUGGUUAUAUGAUUCUUCAGAUACUUUUAAUAUAUGAAUCUGAAAACAAUUUUGUUUUAUUUAAAAUUUUUGUGGAAGAGAUGUCUAUUGGAAAUGAUGGAUUAGAUUCUGCUUUGCUUCUUAUGAUUCAGAUAUUAAUAUCCAGAUAUCCUCAAACCAUGGUCAAAUAACUCAUCAACAAUCAGUCUCAUUAAUGUUUAUUAUAUAAAUGGCUAUGCUCACACUGAUAUUUAGCCUGUGGAGAAGACCCAAAAGUUUGGUCAUUAAGCUGUUGGUCACUUUACCAAAAAUGAUAGUUGGCAAUGGUUUUUUUCGUUCAUUGACCUGGUACAUUACUACUGUCUAACAAGUAAUGUUUAAGUCCCAAAUUUUUAUAUAUGAAACAGAGGGUGUAAAUUAACAUCAUGUUUAUAUCCAUUCUCGAGCCCUUCUGCAACAACUGAUAAAUUCAACAGUGAAAACCUUGGUUAGAAUCAUAAAAUAGAACUAAGCCUUGAGAUGCAAAAGAAUGUUGACCACUGAUUGUUGAGGGCUACUGGAAUUAUUUGACCACUUAGCAAGUAUGUCGUGUAAUUUUCUGCUACCCAGUUGUUGUUUAACACUUGAAACAUCCUAGUCUGAAAUAUGUAAUAGCUAUUUACAAUGAUUUCAAACAAGGCCAAGUUAUGAAAUAGACUUGCAAAAUAUAAAGCCAUAAAUGCCUGGCUAAUUCUUCCAAUGUAUUUCUAUGCUUAAACUUAUAAGCUUGGUUAUUCUGCUAAUUUGACAAUAUUAAUAUAUAAAAUAAAAAAGUAUGUUGUUAUCAAUCAGCAUGUUAUCUUUCGUUGCAUUAUUGCUUUUUGAAUUUGUGGAUUGAAACUUAUCAUUGAUUGUUACAACCUUUUUUUUUUUUCUUGUCUCUUUUUUGCUUUCUGUUCUUGUUAUACAUUUCUUAAAAUUAGGAUAAAUUGGUAAGUUCAAUAUAAAGUUCCAGAAAUUAUAUGUACCUCUUCAGAAAUAAUAGAUUUUCCAAAUAAAUGAACAACUGUAUAUGCGAAGAUCUUGUUAUGCUUGUGCGUCUCCCUUUCAAGGUUCUGCAUUGGCUCAUCAAAUAGAAGAGAUUGCUUAUUAUUUUGCAGGAGACAUGGAGUGCAAAGCAAAGAUCUGCAGCUCAGGUUUUCUUUUUUCCCAUUUUUCAGGAUCUGAAGCUAAAGAACAUAUUAAUGUUUUACUUGAUUUUGUUGUUCAAUUGGAAAUUUUGACUAAUAAAUUUUGUAUUUGCUUUCAUUUGUUGAGAAAUGAAAAGGAAAAUGGUCUGGUUCUGCAAGCGAGCUUAACUUAGCAGAGGAUGAUGCAACUUUUUGCUGCAUCCUGAGAAGCAUAUCAACCUGGACUUAGGGUUUCUCAGUUUGUUUUCUAUAAGUGAUCUGCAUUGGACUUAGGUUAGGUAAUGGGGGAGUUAAUCAUGGUUUUUCUGGUCUCGCAGGGCUGAGUUAUUUGGUAAGCUGAACCAAUUUUAUAGCCUCAAUAGAAAUUUGUCUUUAACCUUGUACAGUUCUACAUCUAUAAUUAUGCCUUUCAGAGUGAGCCAAAAUACCAUGUAAGUAUGUUUCUGUGCUUGUUAAUGCAUCUGGAUUUUGGAACAUGUUGCAAUGUUUAAAGACUAAUACCCCAAGGCAACAUAGAUGUGACUUUUUAAUGUUUCCUUUCUUUUUAAAUGUAUUGUCUCUUCUUCCUUUCUUUCUUUCUUUCUUUCUUCCUUUCUUUUUUUUCACAUUUCCUGUUCACUGUCUGUGAUGUUACUGAAUUUUCUUCUUUCCUCCUUCAAAAAGAAGAAUGCUUUCCUUCCUCUUCUUUUUGCUCUCUUUUCCUAGUUGGUGAUAUGAAUUGGAGGCCUUAGGUUUAAUUUUGCAUUGAAUAGCAUAAAGUCGUUUUAAUGUGCCUAUGUCUAUGUUGUCACCAUGUUCAUAAAAAUGGUUAGUUACCGGAUUGCCUUUAUACUGUCAGUUCCAACAUUUAGCUUCUAUUGGUUCUCAUCCAGGAUAUUUCUUGUAUCAACCCCCCUAAGCUCACAUGGGAAAGAGAAAGAAUGCUAGGAAAGCGACAGGUUCCAACCAUGGGGCGGGUUUUUGAACAAAUUAAGGGGGUGGCCUUGGAAGAAUUGCCUUGUCUAGCUAGACGACAAGCACAGCAGAUGCAUACCUGUGAAGCAGGCAUCUUUUUUUUUUUUUUAAUUUCUAUACAGAAAUUAAAUUUAUACUCCCAUCUGCUUGUUGCUAUCACAUGUGAUGUGUUUAUAGGUGGCAACAGGUAGGGCCUGGUCCAAUUGCUUUGGUUUGAGUCAUCUUUGGUUUGGGUCAUUUCAAUUUCACACAAUAUUUGGUUUGAUUGUUUGAGUUUGGGUCUGAUUUAGGUUCAAGUUAGAAUAAAUUGAUAAAUAAAAUUUCAUUUUUAGUAUUAAGUUCAAAUUAUUACGGUUUUUGACUGCAUUGAUCUCAGAUAAUUUUAGAUUCAACUCAUUUCAAGUUAGGAUCAUUUUAGGUUUAGGUGGGUUGGGAUUUACUCAGGUUUGGGUCUUUAACUUUUUAUUUAAUUUGGGUUUGAAUUUGAUUUGAGUUAUUUUGGCGAGUUUUAGAGUUUGGUUUUAUUAUCAUCUUUAGUUACCAUACAUAUGUCAAGUAUUCUAUAUUCACUUUAAGAUUCCACUUACAAGGAGCUUGAAUUCGUUUUCCAUGUGAAACACCUUUCUCAAGGUCUCAUUCAUCUCCCUUUUAUAUUAUUUUUAGCAAUCUCUUUCACAAAAGGGAAUCUGAAUCAACUAAAGUAGAAUCUUUAACAGCCUUUUUGUUCAGUCCAUCCAUUAGCGAGUGGUUGAUUGCCAUAGUGCAGUGUCAUUUUCCUGUGAGGAAUUGCCGUACACUACUAGUCAUAACCACACUAGUAGUUUCCCAAUUGAUUAGGACUCCCACUUGGCUUUGACUUUGAUAUGCACUUGCAAUUUUGAUCUUAAUUUUUUUGGAUUCUCUCCUCGUACUCUUUGCCUUCACGCGAUAUGCAUAAAAUACAUUUAGAAGAGAAAGUUAUGCUUGGCACUAUUUAAGAAAGUAUUAUUAUUCUCAACCAAUCUUUCCCAAGUUUUAUGCUUCUGAUUUGAUUGACAAAGUAGGUUAUGCAAUUGGUGAUAGCGUAGUUCAUAAGUGAUGAUUCAAAUUUCAAUAUAUGUAACUUUUUUUAUCUUCAGUCAGUUCUUAACGAAUUUAUUCCUGUUUUUGUGAUCCAUGAAAUUUAGCCACAUUUCAUUUAGUUUCAAGCCCUUAUAUUACCAUCAUUAUUUUCAUUUGGUGAAUGAGAAUGCUGGUUCAACUCUUCAAAUACAUGCCCUUCAUAAUCAGCUUUGGUAUCUUGUUCCUUUUGACUAAUAAUAAAUGAAUGGGUGUGCCUUCCACAUCAGUCUAGCAUCAGCUGUCAUCUCUUAUUUGAAGAUGGAAAUAGUUUAGCUUACACGAAACUUUCAUGCUACUACAUAACUUUUGGAACUAACAUUAUUAUAUGGAUUUGAGCCUACCGACCGAUUCAGAUAGCAUUGGAAAAAAGGAUUUAUAAUAGAACUUGUGAUUUCUUGAAGGUUGAAAGUGAUGGCAUUUUUGUUUCAGUUUGAUGGGGUUGAUGGACUUUGAAUUAUGUUGACUGUUAAGCUGAAAG